AUGGAAGUUGAAAGCAUUGUGUCCGACUCUGAAAACGUGGUUAUGGAAGAAAACGAGAAGCCGGUGGUAGAGCAAGGUGCUGGUGACGCCGCUGCCUCUAUUUCAGGCCGUGUGCGUCGCAGGCACAAAAAAUUGGCCCGUACUAACAGCAAGGAAGCAAGCAACGUAUCCGCGCCGCUUCCGAAAUAUCGCAGCUGGAAGAAUAGUCGUCGACCAAGGAACGGGCAUGGCAGGGGCUUGCCUAAAAAAGGUGGUGCUGGUGGAAAGGGUGUCUGGGGUCUGCCUGGCUCGGAGAUGCUGGAAGAAUACGCGGAAGAUGAGAACGAUCCCAACUACGAUUCUGAAGCCAUAACCAAUGGUGACAUUGAGUUUAAACAAGUGAUUGUUGAGGCUGAGCCUGAAGAAAUUGUGCGUAAAUCGGAGCCAGUGAUACUGGAGUACUUCGAGCAUGGUGAUACCAACGCAGCGGCUGAGGACUUUUUGGAGUAUGUCACGGCGAAACGGAGCCACUUGGUAUGCGAAACAAUAGUUGAAAUCGCGUUGGACCACAAACCGUCGCACUGUGAAAUGGCUUCAGUCCUCAUAUCGGAUUUGUAUGGGAGAGUUUUCUCGGUUAGAGAUAUCAGCUAUGCGUUCGAGAGGUUAUUGGACAAGUUACCCGAUCUCUUACUGGACACGCCGGAUGCGACAGUACUCUUGUCUAACUUCAUCGCUAGAUGUGUCGCUGAUGAUUGUCUACCGCCGAGAUUCGUUCAGACCAUGUCCAAUGUUGAGUUGAAUCCGGCUGCCAGACAAACUAUCCAAAGAGCGGAGACUCUACUCUCUAUGAAGCAUGGACUCGUCCGGCUGGACAACAUAUGGGGCGUUGGUGGUGGUAUUAGGCCAGUGAAAUCCCUGAUCCGUCAGAUCCAACUUCUCCUGAAAGAGUACCUGACGUCAUCAGACUUGACUGAAGCCAUGCGCUGCGUGAAGGAUCUUGAGGUGCCGCAUUUCCACCACGAGCUGGUGUAUGAGACCGUGUUAUUAGCAGUCGAAGCGAUCAACACAAGUGUUGAAGAACAACUUUGCACGUUCCUGUCCGAACUCCGUCGCAGUGUUAUUGUCACGCCCGAUCAGAUGGACAGGGGUUUUCUCCGAGUGCUAGAAGAUAUGUCUGAUAUAGUAUUGGAUGUGCCCCUCGCGUACAUAAUGCUGGAUCGCUUCGUUGAACGGUGCCAGCACAAGUUCAGAUUGGGCGAGACUGUUCUCAAGCGUAUGCCAACUCGAGGUCGCAAACGCUUUGUGUCCGAAGGUGACGGUGGCGCCAUCAAGGACCACGCACUGAAACUGCGCGAGUAA